AUGGCUUGUCUUGUGAGUGAGAAGGUGUACAGUUGGAAGGACACUAACCUUGCACUUUUCGGGUCCGAUGUAGAAAGAGCUGUAAAAAAGGAAUCUGCUGAGAAAGAGCCAGCAUGGGGACCGGUACGAAAGAUUGCCUCCUCUACUCUAAUGGUCUGGCGAAUAAAAAAUUUCCGGUUAGAAGUUGUUCGAGGUGAAGACAUUGGCAAAUUUUUCCGCGGUGAUUCCUAUAUUGUUUUAAAUACCGAAAAAGUUGGUGAUGAACUGUUGUAUGAUGUUCAUUUUUGGAUUGGACGUGAAAGCACUGCGGAUGAAUACGGAACAGCGGCUUAUAAAACGGUUGAAUUGGAUACUUUUCUUGACGAUAAAGCAGUUCAACAUCGAGAAGUUGACGGAUUUGAGUCUGAUUUGUUUAAAACUUAUUUUAAUCGCUUUGAAACUCUUGCAGGUGGAUAUGCAAGCGGAUUUAAUCAUGUAAAACCGAACGAAUAUAGACCUCGUCUUUUACUGUUUCAUUCAGUUGAUCGUAAAAAUAUGGAAUUGAUUGAAGUGCCAUUUUCAAGACGUUCUUUGGAUUCAACAGAUGUCUUUAUUUUGGAUAUGGGUACUGAAGCAUAUCAGUGGAAUGGACGUGGGUGCACUAAAGAAGAAAAAUUCAGGGCAAGUCAGUUUUUACAACAACUGGAGUCUGAUCGAAAUGGAAGGUGUAAAACUGAGGUGACAGAUGAAGAUGGUUCUGAGGAACAUAAAAAGUUCAUUAGUUUAUUGCCAGACGUUGCAAUAGAAAAGAAAGUUGAACAAAAAAUAGGCAAGAAAGUAAUUUACAGAGUUUCAGAUGAAAGUGGUAAAAUGGAGAUUUCACUUGUAUGUGAAAAUGCAUUGCCGAAAGCGUCUCUAACAGAAAACGAUGUGUAUCUCAUUGACAGUGGACAAUCUCUAUUUGUUUAUAUUGGAGUGAAAUGUAGUAGACGGGAAAAAUUGGAUGCAUUAUCUCAUGCACAUGAUUACUUACAAAAAACUGAUCAUCCAUUCGCUCCAAUCACUGUUGUAUCGAAUAAUCGUAAAUCGAAGGAAUUGGAUAAACUGCUCGAAUAG